AUGAAUUGUCUGUCAAUUGUAUUGGUUAUUGCAUUGGUCGGUUACUCACUGGGUGCACCACAGUACGGUGAAUAUGGUUUAGAAGAAGAACACGAACAGAUCAACCCAAAACCUCAAAAUGGUAGCAACCAAAGAAAUGGUAACAACCGAGAAUAUGGUAACAGCCAAGGACAUGGUGGAGGCACCAAAGGUGGAAGAAUUCAAGGUCGUGGUAACAAUCAAAGACAGGGUGAAUACCGACAACCGGAACAUGGUGGAUAUCCUGCACCAGAACAACAAUAUGGCAAUAAUCCAGGAUACGGUGGCCGUUCACAACAAUACAACCAAGGUGGCCGUUUACAACCAUACAGCCAAGUUGAACAGGGUCCAAGUAAUCAAGGAUACGGUUUUGAUCGCUACUAA